AACCUCGUCACAGUCCGUUCACUUCAUUGGGUAUCGCGAGAAUACGGAGUGGCGGCUGUGUGGCCCCUGUCUCAGUACGGACGGAGUUGUUUCUGACGUUUGAAUGAAAAACCGUGGAAAUUACCCCCAUAUUGGAUCCAUUAUAUAAUGGCUUCAGCCCUGGAGCAGUUUGUAAACAAUGUGCGGCAGCUUUCCGCUCAAGGCCAGAUGACUCAGCUGUGCGAGUUGAUCAACAAGAGCGGGGAGUUGCUGGCCAAGAACCUGUCGCACCUGGACACGGUGCUGGGAGCCUUGGACAUUCAGGAGCACUCCCUCGGUGUGCUGGCUGUGCUAUUUGUAAAGUUCUCCAUGCCAAACAUCCCAGACUUUGAGACCCUUUUUUCCCAAGUCCAACUCUUCAUCAGUACUUGCAAUGGCGAGCACAUCAGAUAUGCAACAGACACUUUUGCUGGUCUCUGCCACCAGUUGACAAAUGCCCUUGUAGAGCGGAAACAGCCAUUGAGGGGCGUCGUCAUCCUAAAACAGGCAAUAGACAAAAUGCAGAUGAACACAAACCAACUUACCUCAGUUCACGCAGACCUGUGUCAGCUGUGCUUGUUAGCAAAGUGUUUCAAGCCGGCCCUGCCCUUCCUCGAGCUUGACAUGAUGGACAUCUGCAAGGAGAACGGAGCUUACGACGCAAAGCACUUUUUAUGUUACUACUACUACGGUGGCAUGAUCUACAUGGGCCUCAAAAAUUUCGAUAGAGCACUGUAUUUUUACGAACAGGCAAUAACUACUCCAGCCAUGGCCGUAAGCCACAUCAUGUUGGAAGCCUACAAGAAAUACAUCCUGGUCUCACUCAUCCUUCAUGGCAAAGUGCAGCAGCUGCCCAAAUACACUUCACAAAUCGUAGGGAGGUUCAUCAAGCCCCUGAGCAACGCCUACCAUGAGCUAGCUCAGGUUUACACCACCAACAACCCGACGGAAUUGCGCAGCGUAGUCAACAAACACAGCGAGACGUUCACGAGAGAUAACAACACGGGCCUGGUCAAGCAGUGCCUCUCCUCCCUCUACAAAAAGAACAUCCAGAGGCUAACAAAGACUUUUCUGACAUUGUCUUUGCAAGACAUGGCAAGUCGGGUGCAGCUUUCAGGGCCUCAGGAGGCCGAGAAAUACGUCUUACACAUGAUUGAAGAUGGUGAGAUCUACGCUAGCAUUAACCAAAAGGACGGCAUGGUGUGCUUCCACGACAACCCUGAAAAAUACAACAAUCCAGCAAUGCUACACAAAAUUGACCAAGAGAUGUUGAAAUGCAUAGAACUUGAUGAGAAACUAAAAUCUAUGGAUCAAGAAAUCACAGUUAACCCACAAUUUGUGCAGAAGAGUAUGGGAACGCAGGAGGAUGAUGUUGGCAGCAAAACAUCAAGUUACUCCUGAGGGGCCUUAGACUGCCAGAAAAUGCUGCAGCCCCCCCCAAGACAUUCUUCCAUGGAUGGGUUGGAUUGUGUUUUGUUUUUGUUUUUUUUAAGAGGAAAAACAAAUAUUCUCUUGCAUAAGGACAUUGGUUAAGGAAGGUUUAAUUGUUUGAAAUGGUGGUGAAUUUGGUUAUUCUUUCCUCUCAGUUUCUGAAGGAUAACAAAGCGAUCUUUACAGGAAUUGGAAAAGUUUUGUCAGUGUUUUAUUUAUCAAUGUUGAGGUUAGCGUGACACUGCUACGUUAUCACAGAACACAAUAAUAAAAACUGGACUUUUUUGUUCCAAGCAUAUUUGUGAAUAAUCUGCUGCAUGAUGGAUGUAACUAGAAGGUAUUAAAAGGUAAUAAAUC